UUAAUUUCGAUGUGUGUUUGAAAGUGUGGUGAAAAAAAUGUCCGUAAAAUAAGUGACCCGUGUGGCCUGGUUCCACCGGAAGACGUUAUCCGUGUCCGCGUCGUUUAAUUGUUGUGUCCAAAGCAGACAGAAGGAAGCUGUUCCGACCACCUCGCUUGGAUAUCGUGCUCCCCGGCUAGAGAAAGUUUCUGGGACACGGAGCUCUGGCGAAGAUUUUCACCUUGUCUCUGCUGGCGUCGGGACGCGAGCGAACUUGAAAACUUGUCUAUUUUCGGAGGAGCCAAACAGACCAGCGGCAGCAGCUCCCAAAAAAAGCAGGAGGAAUCUCCGCCUAGAAGGUGCAAGAGGAGGAGGUGGACAACAUUCGCUGCGUGCGAGCUUGGUAUUUUCCAAAUGACGUACGAGACAAACUAUAUAAAAUCUCGAAAGAAAUAAACCGGAUUCUUAUACCAAAUGUGACUUUGUUGAAGCACAAGCACGAUUGCACCAAUCGAUACCGGCAUCCGGUUCGGUGCAGUAGAAGCGUGUGGGACCUGAUUUAAACUGCCAACCAGACGCGCGUUGCCGUUCGCCGCUCCUCGAAGGUAUCCUUUUGACAUAAAUAAGUGUGGAACAAAAUCCAAAUCCUAAAAAAAAACAAACGAACAAACACAAACGAAAUGAAAUUCCCCGGUGGAAAUCAGUUGCUAUUUUGCGAGCAGGUGGGUACCGUGACAUCGUUUUUCGAGCAGUGGAACGACUGCGAGCGAACGGUGGUCCUCUAUGCUCUGCUGAAGCGUGUCCCAUUUGCCAAUUUAAAGUUCCUGCAGCUAUCGAUCGAUUACAACCUUGCCCAGAACUACAGCUCGCAAAGCAAGCUGCAGCUCCUGGAAACGCAUGCCAACAAUGCCAACUUCCUGAACAAGCUCGUUCAACGGUAUCAAACUACCAACACCAGCACCGGUUCCUCUACCACUUCCUCCUCUGCGUGUUGCGUUGGUGGGGGCGGUGCUGGUGAAACGAAUGCCUCCCUCCAUAACCACAACCACAACAACAACAACACUAGCAUUGCCAACAACAAUCUGACCAUUUCCGACUCGAGCUGCGAUUCGGAGAAGAAAAGCUCCACCUUUGAUCUUUCCUCAACCAGUUCCUCGUCCUGUUCGUCCACAUCCGGGGUGUCCUGUUUGUCGUCUUCGUCGUCGUCCCAAACAACAUCCUCGUCUUCGUCCUCGUCCGCACUGACCCCCGGCAAAACACAAGACCACCUCCACCACCAGAGCAGCAAGGUUCCCAGCAAUAAUAACAACAACAGUAAUAAAACUAAACCAGUCGAGUCCAAAAAGGACAUUCUGAACGACAUGCUAACAUACCUGCCGCUGCUCAAACCGGGCAACGACGACGUAAAGAGUGUGUACAUGUCGCUGAUACCGGCCGCGGUCGAGGACGCUUGCCAGCAGACCGUGCCCACCGAGCUGGUGCAGCACAUAUUGUCCUACCUGCUGAUACAUCCGGCCGUUAACAAUGACGAUAGAAGAUCUCUAAGCUACUGGCUGCGCCAUCUGGAGGAACACAUAGCCACCUCCUACAUUCCGACAACGCUGCCUUCUGCGACAGCAACUUCCACCAAUAACAACAGCAAAAACCCGACCAAGAUGGUAAACAGCAAUAGCACCUACUUUAUCCAUCCACCUGCUUCACAGCAGCAGCAGCUCGUUGGUGGGUCCAACCAAAACUUGACCUGCAAAACCAGCAGUCAACAGUCGCUACAAUUCCUCGCAACUGCAGGCCCGUGGCAGCAAAUGCAGCCAACACAACCGACGCAGCUUCACCAUCAACACAAUCAUCAUUCUCAUCACAAUAACAACAACAAUGGGUGCAGUACCAUUUCCGGAAGCUGCAAUCAUCUUCCGCAGCAGUCCUCGGUUUGCAUUUCGAACUCGUCGCUGUUGUCCAAAUCGCAGCAGAGUCUCAACCAAGCUGGUAGCAGCAGUUCCAGUUCUAGUUCCUGUCUUGAUAGUACAUCCUCGCAGUUGCUCAAGACCACCAACCUGCUGGCCAGUCUGGAUUGGUGCUCGGAUGUGGUGAAAAAACAGGAAGAUGGAGGAGGCGGGAGCGGUUCCACCAUAAUCGGCGAUGGCAGUGGGAAUCUGGGCAGUGGCGUUCGGGGCAUCGGUAGCGUGGAGAACGUUUCGAUAAAGGAUUUUGUACCGGUCACAUUCAACUACUCAACCCCGCAAGGAAAUAACAAAUCCAUUGGGAAUAGCAGUGUAGCCAGCAGUGCUGGUAACACCUCCAACACCGCCAGCAAGCACCAUCACCUAAUUGCGUCUUCUAGUCAAGCCUCCGGUGUGCUGCUGGGUAACAGUGCUAACGGUAGCAGUUUGAAUCUUAAUAGCGGCAGCAGUAUCGUGAGCCACAAUUUGGUGCUCUCCUCGGAUUUAGACUCGAGUGACGAUAACCAUCUCAGCUUCAGCAAAAAUGGGACGGAAAUAUUCGACUACGAUUGUGAUUACGAUAACGAAGAGGAGUUCAAAUACUUGGCCCGUGCUGCAGCCGCCGUAGCUGCUGGAGGACCGUCGUCCAAUGGUGCCAAUGCUUCUUCUGGUGGGACGAAUGCGGCUGGAUCCGCUGCAGUUCCGUCGUCUGUUGGUUCGGCUUCAAGUGGACCGGCCAAUACUAGCAGCGGUAGCAGCAAUAGCAGUAGUAGUAAAAAUCGUGUUUCUUUCGAUUCUAAUAUCAAUGAUUACCUGCGAGUUCCUCCCAUUGGCCUUGGGGAAUUCGAUUUGGAUGGCGGUGGCCUGCUGAAAACCCGAAGAUCCAACAGUCUUACCACGGCGGUAAGUAGUGCAUGUGGGCUUUCGGUUGGGGAACUGCACCAACAUAAGCAGAACAACGAAUGUCUAUCGGCGGAAAAUCUGAGCAAUCUACAACUCCUGCAGAAUAAACCGAGGAGUUUCUCGCUGACAAUGGACAGUCCGCGGUCAUCGCUAACCUCGAGUGGAUCCGAAACGAGGCUGGACGACUUCAAGCAGCACCAGAUGAUGAAAAUCUAUGGAUCUCCAAAUGUUGGCAUGUCCAGCAUAGCGCACUGGUUGAAGAGUUUGCGGCUACACAAGUACGUUUGGCUGUUUUCCAAUCUGACAUACGAGCAGAUGAUGGACAUGACCGAGGAGUACUUGGCCAAUUUGGGUGUUACCAAGGGGGCACGACAUAAGCUGGUGCUGUGCAUUCAUAAGCUAAGGGAACGGUACAGUGUACUGUUACGGUUAGAGAAGGACAUCUUGAGCGCCGGAGGUUCCAGGACUCAACUGGGUCCAGUGUUUGACGAACUGACGAACAUCGUAUUGACUCCGAUGAAACCAAGUGGACUUGACCAGCAAGAGGAUAUUGCCGGGAUGUUUGUCAAAUUGCUGGAUUUGAUUGCAACGAUUGCGUUGACACGACCGAUUUGUGGUCCACAGGAAGAGGAAAGCAUGAACGUGUUUAUUUGGGUGCUGGAGCGGGCGCUCCAUAACGAUGCAUUUGCGGCCCAUGCUACUCAGAUCAAGGAGUACAAAUACAAAGCGAACAAGCUGAAAAUGGCGUAUGCUCCCAAAGGCCACUAUGCAAAGAACAACAGCCUUCCUGCAAACUUGAAUAAGCCACGGUGGUCAACAACUAUCAAACACAAGCCAAACAGUAGUGCCGAUAGCAUAAAAACACCCCACCGCAAAAGUUCUCUGCAGUAUUUCACUCCCCCGAUGCAACAAUCGCAAUCAUCACAACAACAAUCGCAACAGCCGCAGCAACAAUCCCAGCAGCAAAACUCAUCCUCAUCUCACACGCAUCUUCAGGCAAUUCCACACCAAUACUACAGCCAUGGAGGACACAAUCCUAAUGCCGGUACCGGUCACAACAACAGCUACAACAAGAGUUCGUCCUAUCCGAACUUUGCCUCAAACCUGUCCAGCGGUAGUAGCUCCGGCAGCAACAACACCACCAUUAAAACACACCAUGUACAGCAUUUACAGCAAAGUCAAAGCCAGCAUCCGCUGUCGCAACAAUCGCAGCAACAACAGCAACCGCAUCACGCCCAGCAGUCACAACAGUCGCACGUAGCCCCGCAUGGUAACUUCAUGUACCAUCGACACUCGUUGAACAACAUUUCCGCUCAUCAACAUCAGCAGCAGUUCUUGCAGCAAUUGCAAAACCAACAUCAACAACAGCAACAGCAGCAGCAACAACAAUUGUCAGUGUUGCCUUCAAUUUUCCUAACUGCAAUAGGUGGAGGUCCUCCACCGAAUAAGGGCAAAUCUCAACCGUCAGAAACGACCUGUCUCAAUCCCAAAAGUACGACAGUGGCGCCGCCGAAAUCCAGUCCAGUGGAUCUGCUAGGAAGUAAAAGCCAGAACAACAGCAUCGGCGACAUCAACAGUAGGUUGGAGUUUCUCUGUUUGCAGAUGACCGAACAGGCCAUCAACUAGAGAACAAAGAAAUACUAGUGGCUAGUGUAAUUGUUAAAUAGGAAUGCGUUGUUUAUUUUAGAGGAAUCGAUCGCUGAACGAUGCAUGCCCCUUUCUUCAGAGGCACGUAGAACGAUAGUCGACGAUAGAAAUUGUAGAUUUUUUUUCAAUUCUUGACACUCUUCAAAUCUAUAAGCUAAAACUUUAAAAAAAAUCAAUGGACGUAAGCAAAUCCUAUAAGCAGAUAAGAAGGGACUCCUGUAUUUUCAAAUAACUAUAUAUAUAAACUACUCAUUCUCUCUUUCUCUGAUGAGCCGGCGUGGAAUGGGAACGCAAAAUUGACGAAAAAAGAGGUGGAAACUCUUAUGUUAGGUUAAUUUUCUCGGUAGGGACAGAAAUUGAUCGUUUUUAUCUAUUUGUAUCUGUUUUCAUUUUUUCCUAAUUUAUAACAACCUGACGCUAGCGUCGGUCUCUAGACAAGGACGUCAAAAAAGAAGAGAAGAAACGAAUGUCAAAAUUGUGAUGAGAAGUGUUACUAAAUGCAACAAUAAUCGGUAGGAGAAGAAACGAGUGCUAGGAAAUUUUUUAUUCACUGAAAGCGGGUACAUUCGAAAGUGGUAGUAUUUACUGUUUUACUAUUUGUGUAGAGCCUUUUCCCCUGUCCUAUGAAAUAAUUUAUAAUUUUACUACUUAUACAAAACAGGAAGCCUGUUCAGACAUGAUUUUAUACAAAUUGAGCAAAGAAUAAAAACUUAUUGUCAACUGUGAAAAAGGAGAAUAAUUCAUGAUUUGGAGCUUUGUGCAUUCUUCAGGACAGUCUAUGUUAGAGAUUUUGAAAUUGUGGAUUCUGGUAGAGUUUUCAAAUAGUUUUGUUUUGUUUUGCAAUAUCAUUUGGGGAUAACGAAAUGCAGGACGCGUAUCAGUAAAACAAAUAAAUGAAAGCGGGACAUUAUGUCAUCUAACCUUAUGUCCUUCGUCAUAAGGUCAUUUGAUAUAGGUACUCGACAUUUAGCAUAAUCAAAAUACUACUUAACACAUUCAUCAGUUCUGAACACUCAUGUGGUGCAGAGGAUUGAAGUGAAAAAAUAUAUCCCGGGCGAUUGUCCACCAUCGCCUUGACUUGUGGCCAUUUUUAAUUUCUUUAUUGAGGCUCUGAUGCCGUAAGCCUCUGCUGUGAUAUCCUACUGGGUUCCAGUCUAACGUUUGCUUGCAGAUUUCGCCCCUACGAAGAGUGUGGCCGACCCAGUACCUGUUUCGCUCCCGACUUUCUGCCGCUAUUGGCUUUUGAUGACACGAGUUUUGACUAUUUUUCCAUACAUUUUCUAAUCUCGCAAAAUCAGAACUCGUCUUAUUGAUUCGUGCACCUAUGCCCAUUUUGGUGCCGCGCCAAGACCGGCCCACAUUUGUAUGGCGAAAAAGAAAAGUAGGAAAAAAUCACGGGGCACCCUCUAGAAUCGUGCCUUUGGGUGAGAAGAACAAUCUGUGAAAAAUUCAGCUCAAUCGGUUUAAAACUGAGCUGGCGCAAAUGAGUUGAAGGUUUGUAUGGGAUCUUUAGUUUAAAUAUAUGGAAAAUUGGAUUACCUACAGUCUCUUACCCAGUACGCCGGUUCAGCGAGUUCGAUUUAGCUCAAAAUUGAAAGAAUGGUAGUUGAUACCCUAAGGAACAACUUUGUAGAAGACCAUAUAAUGAUAAAACUUAAUUUAGCUGCGGUUUCAGCUAACGAAAGCAGGAUGAGGACAUCUUGCCCCGUUUACUCUCGGUUGUUAGAUGCAGCUCGUGUUUGUAGGUCGAAGCAUGGGCGCUACAUAAAAAACAACAAAAAGAACAAUUCUAAAGCAUAUUAAGCAUAUUAAGGACAGACUUGUUAGAAUCCCAAAAUGGCCGCCGCAAUGGUUAGCUUUGGCACCUACUCACGAUUUCGAGGGCACAAAUCUCUUCAUAAACAAAACCAGCGCACCUCAUCUUCUUAUUUUAAGCUUAUUACAAGUGAGCAAGAACAGAAUAAUAAAAUGUACUGAUGUGUGAAGAUUGCUUCUUGAGAUUUGUGCGUUUGAAGUUCUGAUGCAUUUUUGAAGCGGGAUUUCAAGACGUUUGUCCUUAAAAAUCUGAACAGUUCAAUUUAUAUUCAUAAGUUUGGUUGGGAAAAACGUUUGAGCUUCAAAUUGAAAUUCAAACAAACAAUUUAGAAGUUGCUCCUAGAAUUGCCUUGAAGCCACUUCAAGAACUUGUCAAGCAGCUUUUACAAGAAUUUCUUUUGAAUCGCUCUAAAAAGGUUUGCUGGAUUUUCUCCUGAAAUUUCUUGUGGAAUUGCUCCAGAAGGUUUUCGAAAAAUUUCUUGAAGUUUCUUUUUUAGUUUUUCUAGAAUGCUCUUGGCACACUUCCAAGAACUCCUCUUAGUUGCUUAAAAUUUUUCUCCAAUAAUCCUUCAUGGAGUCUCCAAAAAUGUAGGUAUCCAAAAGUUUCUCCAAAAGGGCACAGGAGAUGCUUUACGAAUCUUGCCUGAGAUUUUUUUUCUUUAAGUUCGUUCAGGAGUUUCGCUUGGACAAUUCAAAUUGGAUUCGUAAGUUUUGUUUCGAAAAAUAUGUGAGUCUUAUACAUAAUAGAAAUUUAAACAAACAGUGAAAAUUAAACAAUAUUGGCAACCAAGUUGAGAUUUGUUGCGAAUUUUGUCAAAAAUGCGCUUAAAAACUGUAACUAAUUUUUAAAUGAUUCAAGAUUACAUUUUUAAUAAACUUUCAUUUGAUUCGUACCACUUAUAAAUAACUAUAAGCUGGUUUCGUGACAUAGCUGAAAUGUCGAAAUAUUUCGGAGUUGCGAUUUCGAAUCUUACCAGAACGUUCAACGAGUUAUUUAAAAUAAUCUUUCAAAAAUUUCGAUUCGUCUUAAAGUACUGCCCGGGCCGCAUCCUAAGGCUUGGAGGGCCGCAGGAUGAGCACCACUGUUAUAGGGUAUUGUUUCCCUUAUUAAGCAUGUGGCUCCCAUUUUCAUCCUAUAGUUUGUAGUAUACUACAAACAAAGAAUUGAAGUGCUGUUUUGUUUCUUAUUUUUUGUAUUUGAGAUUACUGAUGGCACUCGUACCCUAGCUCAAGUUGUCUUAUCCCUAAAAAUAUGCUGACAAUUUGUUUCGAUUGUAAAACUUUAAACAAAAAAAAAAAAAACAAAAAAACAUCAGACAGUCCUGGAGAAUAACUACCAAUAUCAGCACUCUUUUUUAUUAUUUUUUCAUUAAAAAACACUACUCAAAAGCAGCUAACAAUUUGAGAUAGCCAUGGCAGAUUGAAAAGAAAACGAAACGACAACGUGAUAGUCCUUUUUUAUCAUCGUAUAUUUUUGACUCCUUUUGUGAGUUCGAGCGAGUAUGUAAACCGAUUGUCCAAAUGGACAGAAAAUAAAACAAUGGAAAUAUUUAUUUAUUGAAAACGAAAAUAGAAGUUUAGAUGAAUUUGAACGUACACUUGCACUCCUAGCCGCGUUAGCUUCUAGAGCAUUCAGUGUCAACAAUAUGUGGAUUCGAGUUUUUCUUAGCAAAAAAUGUUCGUGAGCUGAUUAUAGUUAUUUUCUUUUCCUGUGUAAAUAUUUUUCGGACUAGAUUGCGUUUUGCGGGCUUAUUUUGUAGGAAAAAAUAUUUAUUUUUAUCUCUCACGGAAGCAGUAAAGAAGUGAAAACAUAUUUAAAAUAUAAAAUACUACAAAAGAUAUAGGAAGAGAUGUUCAAUUGUUUCAUUGUAGAUCAAUCAAGCAGCGACAUGUCUUCGAGAUCCCGAAGAAAAUAUAAAGUACCCUAAUAAUAAAUAAUGUUGUUAUGUAUAUUUAAUGGAAAGCAAAGAUAUCAAUCGUUUAUGUUCUGUUUUGUUUCUUCGAUGCUGUGAGUUCAUUAUUGGAUACUACUCACGCAUACUAUUAGGCGUACUAAUACACUGAGAGGAAAGAAAUCAGUGGAUUUAUUGUUUUCUCGUUUAUUCGAUCGUACUAAAAUUGCUUAUCCAAAUAGAAUGCGGAACGUAAUGAAUGUUGAAUACCCUAGUUCAACUGAACCUAAAGGAGAGUUUUGGACGCGGAAGAUAAGCUAGAAAACGAAAGUAGACAAGUUGACUAAUGCGAGAGCGUGGCAGGCGAUGAUGAGUGCGUGGGCGUGUAAGACUACAUCAAUUCAAUUAUUAUUAAACUGCUAGCAUGUGGUAGCAAGACGCAAAGAAACGAGCGAGAAGCGAACAAGAGAAAAGGUAAAUUCAACAAGUUUUAUGUAGUGGAGUUUUUAUUACGAAAAACAUAACGGAUUAAACAAAUCUAGUAAUGGAAUAUAUUUAUUUUUGAGCCAAUUGAA